AUGAUUGUUUUCAAAAGAAUAUUUCAUAAUUAUUUUGCAAGGAAUGCACUAACAAACAUUUUAAAAAAGGAGGAAAUAAAUUUUAAUGACUUGCAUAAAAGAGUGUACAUUGGGCGUUCUGACUACAAUGGAUUAGGCAUAUUUUCGUUAAGUAAAAUAAAAAGAAAUGAAAUUAUUGAAAUUUGUCCUACUGUAAAAAUAGAAAAUGAAGAUAUACCAAAAAAAUUAAUAAAUUAUUUAUUUGAAAAGAAAGAACAGAAUAUGAAUAAACAAAUUGUUCAAAUUUUGACAAAAAAAGACGAAACCGCAAAUUAUAAACUCUUCCCCUUAGGUUAUGGUAUUUUAUAUAAUCACUCCAAUUCACCGAAUGCAUUUGUUCAUAUUGCUCGAAUAAAUAAAGAAAAGGUGAACAUUAAUAUAUUUACUGAAACAGUUGUUUCAAGUCAAAUUAUGAUAUUUCGUGCUCAAAGGGAUAUACAGAAAAAUGAAGAAAUAUUUAUCUCGUAUGGACAAUGUUGGUGGAGGGUAAGCUAG